AUAGCGAUUCGUAGAGCGGGGGGAGCGAAGGCACAGGGACAUUCGGCAUCAAAGGAAGGAAGCAGCAGCUGUGGUGGUGGUAGUGGUGGUGGUGUUUUUUUGGCAAAUCACUACUGGUGGUUGGUGUGAAUAAGGGGAAGUUUGAAGAUGAGCCCGCGCAGCAGGAGCAGGAGUCCACGGGAUCGUAGGAUCCGCACUGAGCGCUUUUCCUACCGUGAUGCACCUUACAAAAAGGAACGUCGGGGUUUCAGCCAAGGAAAUCUGUGCAAAAACUGCAAGCGGCCGGGUCAUUAUGCAAGAGAAUGCCCUAAUGCAGCUGUUUGCAACAACUGCGGUCUCCCUGGGCACAUUGCAUCCGAGUGUACCACCAAGUCAUUAUGCUGGAACUGUCGGGAGCCAGGCCACAUGGCCAGCGACUGUACUAAUGAGGGCAUUUGCCAUACGUGCGGCAAGGCUGGCCAUCGUGCCAAAGAUUGCACAGCUACUCCGCUGCCACCAGGGGACAUGAGGUUGUGCAACAAUUGCUAUAAGCAAGGUCAUAUUGCUGCAGAUUGUACAAAUGACAAGGCAUGCAACAACUGCAGGAAGACGGGCCACCUGGCACGUGAUUGCCAAAAUGAACCCAUCUGCAACUUGUGCAACAUUUCUGGGCAUAUGGCUAGGCAAUGCCCAAAGGCUGAAGUUCUAGGAGACAGGGUUGCUGGGGGUCGCAGCAGCGGUUACCGAGAUGUAGUCUGCCGGAAUUGUCAUCAGGUGGGUCACAUGAGCAGGGAUUGCAUGGGCCAAUUGAUGAUCUGCCACAACUGUGGUGGCCGAGGGCACUUGGCAUUUGAGUGCCCUUCUGCUCGAUUUAUGGACCGUGGACCUCGACGUUACUGAUGGGGAAAGCUCACUAGUCUGUGUUGAGGAUUUGCAAAUUGAGAAAUUACUUUCUUGUUGAUCUCCUCUAUGAAUUGGAAAGCUGAAGGAUUGUGGCAUUGGCUAGGUUUUCC